AUGAAAAACGGUAUAUUGCUUAAAAAUAAGUUAUCAUUUUCAGGAAUAAAAAAACUUUUACUUCAAUUAGAUGAAUUGUAAGAAUUAUAUUUAGCUACUAUGGAAAAAACAUAGAUAUAAUUGUAGAAUAUAAACUAUUAUUCAGAUACUAAACUUAAUAUAACUUAAAUUUACUCUUCAAAUAAGCCAUUUGAAUUAAUAGAAACCUUAUAAUAAUGUUUAAUAGAAAUGAAAAAUGAUAAGAGCCCUAAAUACAUAAAAUUGAAUAAAAAAUCAAAAUAACUAAUAAUUAGUUUAAAUAAAGCAAAAUCUGUGCAAUAACAAAUCAAUUAAUACUUAGAAAUGCUUUCUAAUCUUGUAAAUAAACUCAAUUACAAAAAGGAAUGCUAAAUUUUAAUUACUUCUAUUUCUUUGAUAUUAAAAAAACGAUAAAAAUUUCAGCUUAAAUUGUUAUAAAAAAAUAAUCAACUGUCAGAAAACUUAAAUUCAUUAUCUCAGCUAGUAAUAAAAUAAGAUAAUACUAAAGACAAUGUGAAAUAAUAUCUAGAAAUUAAAACUUUGCAAAACAUCUUAGAUUAGAAAGUGGUUGUCAAAACUCAAGAGAAAAAAUAAAAAAUAGAGUAAUUAUCACAAUCUGUUAAAAUAAAAGAAGAAUUUGAAAAUAGAGGUGUAUAUCAACAUAAUUCAAUAAAUUAAUAAUUGUAUUAAAGCCAAUAAUAAAUGUAUUACACUAAUUUCAUUUAUUAGAUGUAUUAGUAAUAUUGUUACUUCAAUUAACUUAAAUAAACUGAAUGUAAUAUCUUGAAUUCUUAGUUAAUUUAUAAUUAGCAACCUUUCAUGUAUAAUUACUGUCCUUAAUUUCAAUAAAAUUUCUAAUAAUAAAUAUGA